AUGUUACCGGAAUCUACAACUAUUUAUCAUGAAAAACAAUCCAAGGAGUUAUGUGCAUUACACGCUCUCAACAAUUUGUUUCAAUCAAAAGAGGCAUUCAAGCAAAUGGAACUUGAUGCUAUAUGUUUUUCACUGUCACCCAACAACUAUAUAAAUCCACAUCGUUCGAUUUUAGGUAUCGGUAACUAUGAUGUCAACGUUUUGAUUGCUGCAUUACAAAACAAAGGCUAUAGUGCCUUUUGGUUUGAUAAAAGAAAGGACCCAAAAAUGUUGAAAUUGGAUAAAAUAUUUGGGUUUGUAAUGAACAUACCCAGCGAAUGUCGUUUAGGAUUUUUAUGGUUACCAUUAAAACGAAGACAUUGGAUAUCUAUCAAAAAUAUUAAUGGAAUUUAUUACAAUCUAGAUUCAAAAUUACCUAAUCCAUCUCCAAUUGGAAAUGAAGAAGAUCUUUUUAAUUAUUUCAGAAACCAACUUCAUAUAAAUGACAAUCAAUUAUUUGUUGUUGUUACUGGUGAUAAUUAUAAUUGGAUUGCAUCAGAAGACACUUCAGUUGAUCAACAACAAAUACAGUCACUUGAUAACAGAUAG